GGUCCAGAGGGAUGUCCAGGCCGGGUCUCUUCACCCUCCUCCUGCUGCUACUCUGCUGCCAGGGCCCCUCUGCCCAGAUCACAAAUAUCCUCUUCGAGAGAUGGAAGGAGUACAGCGAGGAGUGCCAGCACAACAUGAGCCUCCUGCCUGCACCCACAGAGCUGGUCUGUAACCGCACCUUUGACAAGUUCUCAUGCUGGCCUGACACAGCACCCAACAGCACGGCCAGCGUGCCCUGCCCCUGGUUUCUGCCCUGGUACCAAAAAGUGAAGCACAGACACGUCUUCAAGACCUGCGGGCCAGACGGGCAGUGGGUGACAGGGCCACGGGGACAGUCCCUACGUGACGCCACACAGUGUGAGCUGGACCCUGAGGAACUGAAGGCUCAGGAAAUAUUUGCUAAGACUUAUGGCAGCUUCAAGGUGAUGUACACCGUGGGUUACUCCGUGUCCCUGUGCGCACUGCUGCUCGCCCUGGCUCUGCUGCUGGGCUUCAGCAAGCUGCACUGCAUGAGGAACUACAUCCACAUGAACCUCUUCGCCUCCUUCAUCCUGAAGGGGGUCUCCGUGCUGAUCAUCGACGCCCUGCUCAAGACCCACUACAGCGACAAGAUCGACGGCUACAAUGUGCAAGUCUGGUUGAGUGACGAG